AUGGCAGACAAGAUAAUUAUCGCUGGUAAUAUAGUGACUCUUCUUCAAGAUGGCUGUACUCAAUGUUAUGUGUCGAAACGGUUUGGUGUCAGUCGUUCCACUGUUCAGAGGACCUGGACUAGGUUUCAAGAAACUGGUUCUUUGAAAAGAAGACCGAGAUCAGGAAGGAAACGAUGUACAGAGCCCAGGGACGAUCGAUAUAUUGUGAGCCAAGAUUUACGAAAUCGGAAAUCUACCUACAAUAACAUCAAAAACAAUCUUGAAGAUGUUAGAAAUGUGAGUGUUAGCGUAUGGACUGUCAGGAGGAGACUUCUAGAGUUGAUAUACACAGUCGAAGACCAGCUAGGGGUCCUAAAUUACUCCUCGGGCACCGUUUUGCUAGCU